UUGUUAAGUCUAUUCCAGCCUGUACACCCACAGCAGCAAUGUCUUCCCCUGUUUGAAAAAACAAAACUCCCAACUAAUACCCCAAAACUGUUCCCUUUUCUUCCAAUCUCUUCUCAAUUGGUCAUUGCUUUUUUUUUUUCUUUUCUUGUUGCAUUCUUUGAUGUGCCUAUUCUCCGUCGCCAUUUGACAUAAGCUGAAAUCUGAGCAGAGAAAAUAUUCAAAAUGAGUGUAAUCGACAUUCUUACUCGCGUCGAUUCAAUUUGCAAGAAAUACGACAGGUACGAUAUCGAUAAGCAGAAAGAUUCAAACAUCUCCGGCGAUGAUGCCUUCGCUCGCCUUUACGCUGCGGUCGAUGCCGACAUUGAAGCUGCUCUUCAGAAAGCAGAGACAGCUUCGAAGGAGAAAAAUAGAGCGUCUGCUGUGGCGAUCAAUGCUGAGAUUCGAAGAACUAAGGCUAGAUUAGUAGAGGAGGUUCCCAAAUUGCAAAGAUUGGCUAUGAAGAAGGUUAAGGGGCUUUCAAGUGAAGAAUUUGCUGCACGUAAUGAUUUGGUCCUGGCAUUGCCUGAUAGGAUAAGUGCAAUUCCAGAUGGUGCAGCAGCUGCACCCAAACAAUCAGGAGGGUGGGGAAGUUCAGGUCCUCGUGCAGAAAUUAAAUUUGAUUCAGAUGGACGUUUUGAUGAUGAGUACUUCCAACAAACUGAAGAAUCAAGUCAAUUCCGACAUGAGUAUGAAAUGCGCAAAAUGAAACAGGACCAAGGUUUGGAGGUCAUAUCAGAAGGUUUGGAUACAUUGAAAAACAUGGCCAGUGAUAUGAAUGAGGAGUUGGAUAGGCAAGUUCCUCUGAUGGAUGAAAUUGACACUAAGAUCGACAAGGCUUCAUCUGAUCUUAAGAAUACGAAUGUUAGGCUUAAGGACACGGUUAACCAGCUGAGAUCUAGUCGAAACUUCUGCAUUGAUAUUGUUUUACUGAUCAUAAUUCUCGGAAUUGCAGCCUAUUUGUAUAAUGUAUUGAAGAAGUAAGUUCUCCUCUGCGGGCAUUCCCACUUUCCUAAAUUGGAGGAUUUGGUUGUAGAUUUCUUUUUGUGUGCUUGUGUAUACACCUUGAUAAUUUGCUUCUUUUCUUCUGGUUUCUAUUGUCGAGGCGUCAGACGUGUCUGGAUACUCUCUUUCCUUUUCUUCCGGCAUUUGUUGAGAAAGGCCUUACUAUUCUUUGUCUCCUCCCAAGGGCUAGUUUUAUAUUUUUCGAAACAAGGAUCAGAGAUUUCCAGUUGUAUUUGUGGUAGCUUUUCAAUGUAUUACACUCUCCUUUCUACUAUUUUGAACUUUUAUCGUUGCAUUAUUUGGUA